CUAGAAAGAAACAAAACUACGUUUAUCGUUGGAUAAUCAUUCUAUUCUAAAUAUUACUUUAAUACUUGAAAUUGUAAACACACUUGUAAACAUUUUAUUCCUCGUUCUGUACGACAAUAGUGAUAUAGUGAUCAUGUAUUUAUAAUUUAUAAAAGAUGGCCGAUGCAUGUACACAGGAGGAUGUGCUAUCUCAAAUAGAAUAUGCAUUUCCUAUUAUUAAAGAAGAGAUUCAAAACGAUUGCACGGAUGAACAAUUUGCCACAAUAAUUGAACAAAUAAGAGUAUUGAAAUUGACAAAUUUUGUUAAAGAUAUAGUACUUCAUCAUAUAGAAUAUUAUAUUCGUCAGAAAGUAGCACCAACGUUUUGGAAGAAGUUUGUAAAUAUUACAAGUGAACAAGAAGGUUUUGAAUUCUUCAAAAGUGCUGUGGAUGGUUUAUACAUUAGUUUAACUGAAUUUUUACCACUUUUAAAAAAGUUGGAAUAUCUUCAAUAUGAAGAUACUGAAAAAACUAUACUUCAGGCUGAUAAUAUUUUAUCAAGAUUUAAACUUAUCGUUAGGUCUACAUUAUUAAGUCAGUUACCAUUGGAUCAUGAACAUAUAAUAGAACAAUUUUAUAGAAUAGCAUUUAAUGUAUUUUGUAAUUCGGAUAAUAGUUCAUUACAUGAUUCUAGUGGAAGUGAUACGACACAUUGUGGUGGUUGUAAUCAAGAAAUAGAUAAAUGCCAAUGUCAGAUGAUAGUAUAUAUGUUUCAUGAAACUAAUAGGAAAUUAAUUGAAUUAGAAUUAUUAGAGAGAUUAGUGGGCAAUGUACUUACAUCGUUAAUACACAUUCGUAUCAAAUGUCAUGUAAGCGAGACAUGUGACAGAGUAUUUGAUAUAUCGCAACUUAAACCAUUGGAAAAUUGGCUUGAAACUGUUGUUAUGAAUUGGUUGAUAAGGAUAUAUUCAGGAGGAUUUUCAAAAACUGUUUCUUUGAGCGAUGAUAUUCGUGACGCCGUUAUUAAAUUCAAAAGAAAAUUAUCUCAUUAUUUAUAUGAGACAUACACAAGAAUUAGAAUCGAUCAAUUGUUUAAUAUCAUAAUAGAAUAUCCUGAUUCACAACCAGCAAUAGAUGAUCUUCGAAUUUGUUUGGAUAGAACGGAUCUACGCAAAGUUUUGGUGGAAACAUUACAGGAAGCACUUAAGACUAGACUUUUACAUCCAGGUGUCAAUACUCCAGAUAUAUUAACAGCAUAUAUUGCUGCUAUUAAAGCUUUGAGACAAUUGGAUCCAACAGGGGUGCUUCUUGAAACAGUGACAGAACCCAUUAAAGUCUAUUUAAGAAGUAGAGAAGAUACAGUAAGGUGUGUUGUUAGUGGAUUAUUGGACGAUUCACCUAGUGAUUUAGCUGAUGAAUUAGUGAAAGGAGAAUCCUUGCAAUUGGACGAUGGUUCAGCCGAUGAGGAAAACGAAGAUUGGGAAAAAUGGGUUCCUGAUCCAGUGGAUGCUGAUCCUGCCAAAUCUACGCAACGAAGGAUGUCUGAUAUAAUUUCAAUGCUAGUUAAUGUAUAUGGAAGUCAAGAUUUAUUUGUUAAUGAAUAUCGCACGUUAUUGGCAGACAGAUUAUUGUCUCAAUUAAAUUAUCACACAGAACGAGAAAUUCGUCAUUUAGAAUUAUUGAAAAGAAGAUUUGGAGAAAAUCAAUUACAUUAUUGCGAAGUUAUGUUAAAGGACGUGUAUGAUUCAAAAAGGAUAGAUGGAAAUAUUCAAUCGGACACAAGUUAUAGCUUAGAAAAAGAACAUUUUCCAACGUCCGCCCUAAUAUUGUCUGCACAAUUUUGGCCACCGUUUAAAGAGGAUUGGAAAUUGGAAUUGCCUAAGAUUGUACAGGACCAAUUGAAUAAAUACGUGAAGGCGUUUGAAGCUUUAAAGGGAAAUAGAACUCUUUGUUGGAAACCACAUUUAGGAAAUGUCAAUCUUGAAAUUGAAUUGAAGGAUAGAAAAUUGGAUAUAAAUGUAACACCAAUACAUGCUACGAUUAUAUUACAUUUUCAGGAUAAAAAGGAAUGGAAUUUAGAAGAGUUGGCACAAGUGAUGCAUGCUCCAGCGACGGUACUUAGACGGAAAAUAACUUUUUGGGUUUCUCAAGGACUUUUAAAGGAAAUCUAUAACGACGUUUUUGUACUUCAAGAAGAAAGUUCAUCGAAAAAUAGAACUUUGGCUGAUAUCGUCGAAGAGGAAGAAGCUGAAAGUGUAAUGGCUUCUGCUAGUGAUCAAAGAGAAGAAGAGUUACAAGUUUUUUGGUCGUACAUCGUUGGAAUGUUAACUAAUCUAGAUUCUAUGCCAUUGGAAAGAAUUCAUCAAAUGUUAAAAAUGUUUGCAUCUCAAGGCCCAGGUGCUGUAGAAUGUGGAUUACCAGAACUAAGACAAUUUCUUGAUGGAAAAGUUAGAGAACAUCAAUUAUUAUUUUCUGGUGCUCUUUAUCGACUUCCCAAAUCGUGAUAAAAUUA